AUUGACCACCAGGCUCCGGCUUGUCCCAGCAUCCUCUGCGCGGCCACACAGCAGCUGGGUGCCCCGGGGAGCCUGGCUACCAUGCCAUCUCUUCUCUGCUUCUCCUCCCUCCUCUUCCUUACCUUGGUAGGAGGCACACCCCCGGAGCUGAUCCAGGUGGAGAUAACAGAGGGAGAGAAUGUUAACCUGCCGUGCCUCCCGAACUCCUCGUCUGUCUCCUCUGAGAAGCUGACCUGGUAUCGAGGGAACCAGUCAACACCCUUCUUGGAGCUGAGCAUGGGGUCUCCAGGCCUGGGGCUGUAUGUGGGGCCCUUGGGCAUCAUGCUAGUGAUUACCAAUGUCUCGGACCAUAUGGGGGGCUUCUACCUGUGCCAGAAGAAUCCCCCUUCCAAGGACACCUGGCAGCCUGCCUGGACAGUGAACAUGAAGGACAGUGGGGAGCUGUUCCGGUGGAAUGCUUCAGACUUAGAGGACCUGGACUGUAGCUUGGGGAACAAGUCCUCAGGGAGUCAUAGACCUGCUUCCGGUUCUCAGCUGUACGUGUGGGCUAAGGACCAUCCUGAGGGUAGGGGGAAAGUGCCUGAAUGUGCUCCACAGAAGGUCAGUCUGAACCAGAGCCUAAUCAACCAAGAUCUCAGUACGGACCCUGGUUCCACACUUUGGCUGUCUUGUGGGAUACCUCCCGUCCCAGUGGCUGGAGGCUCUAUCUCCUGGAGACAUGUGCAUCCCAAGAAGUCUAACAUUUCAUUACCGAGCCUGAGCCUUGGGGGAGAGCACCCAGUCAGGGAGAUGUGGGUUUGGGGGCCUCUUCUGUCAUUUCCCCAGGCCACAGCUUUAGAUGAAGGUACCUAUUAUUGUCGCCAAAGAGGCCUGAUCAAGGAGUUGCAUGUGAAGGUCAUUGCAAGGUCAGCAGUGUGGCUCUGGAUGUUGGAGACUGGUGGAUGGAUGGUCCCAGUUGUGGCUUUAGUAUAUGUCAUCUUCUGUCUGGCUUCUCUGGUGGCUUUUCUCUAUAUUCAAAGAGCCCUUAUCCUGAAGAGGAAAAGAAAGCGAAUGACUGACCCCGCCAGGAGAUUCUUCAAAGUGACGCCUCCCUCAGGAAAUGGGACCCAGAACCAGUAUGGGAAUGUGCUCUCCCUUCCUACAUCCACCUCUGGACAGGCUCAGGUUCAGCGUUGGGCUGCUGGCCAGGGGAGUGGCCCUGGGCCCUAUGGAAAUCCACGCAUUGAAGUCCAGGACACUGGAGCCCAGAGUCACGAAACAGGGCUGGAAGAAGAAGGGGAGGCCUAUGAAGAGCCAGACAGCGAGGAGGGCUCCGAGCUCUACGAGAAUGAUUCCAACCUUGAGCAGGACCAGCUUUCCCAGGAUGGCUACGAGGACCCUGAGGAUGAACCCGUAGGUCCAGAGGAAGAAGACUCCUUCUCCAGUGCCCAGUCUUAUGAAAAUGCGGAUGAGGAGCUGGUCCCACCAGCUGGCAGGACAAUGGACUUCCUGAGCCCCCAGGGGUCUGCGUGGGACCCUAGCCGGGAAGCAUCCUCACUUGGGUCCCAGUCCUAUGAGGAUAUGAGGGGGAUCCUAUAUGCAGCUCCUCAGCUCCGAUCAAUUCGCUCUGGUCCCAGUCACGAGGAAGAUGCAGACUCUUAUGAGAACAUGGAUAAGUCUGAUGAUUUAGAACCAGAAUGGGGAGGAGAGGGCCACAUGGAGACUUGGGGUACCAGGUGACUCCCAAGUGACUAGUGAGCCACUCCAUUUCUCUGAAGCAUGCCCUUAUGUGGAAGGGGAAGGAGAGAUGGGGUUGGAUCCAGUCCGGAAUCACCCAGAGGAAGGAGAGCCGCAGUCUGAUUACAGCCUGGCCCUAGCUUCCCCAUGGCCUGGCAUUUAGCCACCUAACAGCCAAUGAUGCGAAUACGUCCAUCCACCAUCCUGUGGAUUUAUUGUCUUCUCUAGUCUAAGCGUUAACAUCUAUGAGCCAUCUCAUUAGCACAGUAAGGUCACAGCCUCUUGAGUAUGCCAGUACUUAUCAAAGUAAAUGUAUGUGUAGAACUGAAAUGUGCGUGUAUGUGAGUUUUGGAGACGGAGUUUUGAUAUGUAUCUCAGUUAGGGUUCCCACGGCUCUGAUAAACCAUCACGACCAAAAGCAACUUGGGGAGGAGAGGGUUUCUUUCACCUCACGGCCUGUACGGAGUCCAUCGUCAGGGAAGUCAGGGCAGGAUCUGGAGGCGGGACCUGAUGCACAAGCCUCGGAGGAGUGCUGCUUACUGUCUUGCUCUCCGGGACUUGCUCAGACUGCUUUCUUUGCCGUCAGAAUCACCCACCCAGGGGUGGCACAGCUGGCGGUGGGGCUGGGCCUCUCACAGUCAUCAAUCAAGAAAACGUUCCACAGACCAACCUGAUGGACACGUCUUCUCAACUGAGAACCCCCCUUCCCAAGUGACUCUCUGUGUCAACUUGACAAAAAAAAACCCAUGUGUCCAUCUCGGCCUUAAACUGACAGGAUCAACUGAUGCCCCUGACUCACGAAUGUUGGAACUACAAAUUGAAUGCUACGGUGUUUGUCCUUUUUUUUUUUCUUGGUACUUGGACCCCACACAUGCUACGGAGAACUUCCUGAAAUAUAUGUUUGCUUUUCAUUUGUA